AUGGCUAGUACCUAUAUGCCUUGGGUUAGUUUCAUGACAUGUGUUUUUGUGUACACUUCACUGUUUGUAACUAGUAGCCUGGAUCAACUGGUUCCGGGUAUCUAUAUGUUCGGAGACUCACUGGUAGAUGUCGGAAACAACAAUCACCUUCCUUUUUCCCUUCUUAAGGCUAAUUUUCCUCACAAUGGUAUCGAUUUUCCUACUGGAAAACCAACGGGCCGGUUCAGUAAUGGAAAAAAUAAUGCUGACUUUCUAGCUGAAAAGUUAGGAUUACCAACAGGGCCACCGUACCUAUCAUUGUCGAGAAAUUUGGAACAAGCUCCACUCACUGGAGUCAGUUUUGCAUCUGGAGGCGCUGGAAUCUUAAAUGAAACCCAUGAACUAUAUAAUCAAACGAUUUCAUUGUCACAGCAAGUAGAAUACUACUCUUUGGUGUAUGACCAACUGGUUCAACAACUGGGCUUACCUGGUGCUCAAGCCCACUUGGAAAAAUCCUUAUUUAUGAUUGUCAUCGGAAGCAAUGAUAUCCUUACUUACUUCAAAAAGGACUCCAACGUCUCAAAGAGAUACACCCCACAACAAUACGUUGAUCUCAUGGCAUCCACCCUCGACCCACUACUGAAGAGUUUACAUGAGUUGGGAGCGCGUAAAUUUGUGGUAACCGGAGUUGGCAAUAUAGGUUGUUGCCCGGUAUUAAGGAAGCAAAACGCUGCUUAUGACUGCAAGGCAGACUUGAAUUACUGGGCGGCGAAAUACAACGAUGGCUUGAAGAUUUUGCUAAAAAGUUUUAAGUCAGAAUCAUCGGAAAUCAACUAUUCGUACUUUGACUUUUACGGUGCAAUGAGUGAGCUCAUUCAAAACCCUCAAAUUUACGGAAUCACGGAGAUUACGGAAGCUUGUUGCGGACUUGGAAAUCUGAAAGCCGACAUCCCUUGUACCCCAGUUUCAACUUAUUGCCCCAACAGAAGCAACUAUCUUUUUUGGGAUCGCGUUCAUCCAACGGAAACCGUGUCUAAAGUAUUUGUUGACCUAUUGUAUGAUGGAUCAGGACAAUUUACUUUUCCAAUGAAUGUAGAACAAUUAGUUGGUUUGUAG